AUCUAUCGCAUUUCCAUCUCAAAAAAUCAGAGAACCAUGCCCACAACACGGUAAAUCGUCCCUCAGCCAUGUCCUUCCAAGAAACAAAUACUCCACCGCCACCCGCUAUUACAAUCAGCUCCUCAAAUGCCCCUCACUCAGAACAGCCCAUGCCAUCUACACCCCCCUCUCCUCUGAGAUCGACAUCCUCCUCCUCGGGAGAAAAGAGAGAAUCAAAUGAUAUUACAACACCAAGGAAACGCAGAGGGAGUCAUAGCCACGUCCGAAUAAACGACGACCCAGAAAUAACUAUCAGCAAUGCAGACGGAGAGCCUAGUGGAAGUGGCCAUCGAAAACAAGCCUCUUUUGCCUUGACCGCCGAUGAUGAGGCGGACAGGCAUAAUGCAGAGAAAAAAGAAACGGCGGAUGACGACCAAGUCAAUGAGAAGACUAGGUACGAAAAGGUCAAAAUACUAGCAGAAUUGAGGGUGAAGAAAAUCCUGGGACAUCGGUGGUUUUCCUGGAUUGGACCCAAGUUGACAUGGGGGAAACUGAAACCUGUGAUCAGAUGUGCCAUUUCCGCGUGGCUAGGUCUUGUCCUCCUGAUGAUCGUCCCCGUUGAGAGGUCCAUCGGCAAUGGCGCAUUUUUCCUCUUGAUUGUCAGCUUCAUGCUACCGCCAAGUGACCCCGUGGUCCAGACAUUGGAGAAGUAUGUAAAUCUAUUCUUCUUCACCUCGCUGUCAUGGGUUUGGGUGAUUAUUACAGUGCUCAUUGCUGGUGCCACGAGAGGUCCUCCCAACCCCGAUAAGGUUGCCGCGGCCGAAGCAAGGUGGGCGUAUCUGAAAGAUGUCGACCCUACCAAAUACCAGCAAAGAAUUAUUUUUGAUGGUACUUAUCUCCAAGCGAAGCCAGCUGUGGUAUGCUGCGUUUUCUUAUCUGCGGGAACGGGCGCUCUUCUUUGGUGGAAAUUGAGAACGCAACCCAGCCCAGCCACAUUCCCAUUGGUCCUAUCCUGCAUUCUCAUUGACGUUAGCCUUACAGUUGUCGUGUUCUAUCCUUACAACUCUUAUACUUCCGGCCUCAUCUUCUUCCUACCGAUGUCCGUACAAGCUGGCAUUGGCACUCUUUGCUCGUUUCUCAUUUUUCCCGAAUCAGUGGGCCACUCAUUCCAGUCCAAGUUUCCAGGAAUCCUUACACCACUCGCUUCUGCCAUGAAGUCUAUUGAAACUCUUUUCGGCGAGGCCGAAAAGCAUGAUAACGGACAAGAGGAGAACACUGACGAUCUGCUAUCAGUAAGAAAUAGCGAUUACGGACCAAAAUUCUAUGCGGACAAGCUUGAUGAUUGGGCGGACAGGAGCAAGAAGAUUCGCACUCAGCUUCUCCAGUCUUUGGCCGGAAUUCCGCCCUUGAGAGCUCAACAACGAUACCUAGCGGUAGAUAUUAGUUACAGCCGUUUAUCCGGAGAAGAUUUGCGCAAUCUCUUUGAUCGAUUGGCCAUUGUGCAGGCGCGUUCAGGGGGAAUGGCUUUCUUCUUUGAUGUCAUUAUCAACAAUGCCAAACACUCACAUCUGGAUUCGUCUGCGUGGUCAGUCCAUCACGUUUCUCAAUCUCGUUCGGGUUCUCGCGCUGCUUCUAUCAGGCAUGAGUUUUUGGAUGAGAGAAGAGGAAGUGUGGAUGAUAGCUUGCAUGGCGAUGGGACUGUCACACCUCCCCCCGAAGUCGAUGAUCACGCAGAGAGUCCUCAUCAUGACCGUGGGUUGUAUUUUGGUUCCCGAAAGUUCAAUUUUUCCGGCAUCUUGAGGAGAAAUGGUUCACCUCAUGGGUUCGCCGCGACGCAAAAAGGAAGCCAUCUCUCCCUGCUCGAUCACCUCAGAAAAUCACAACAACCUGUAGGUGUGUACGAAAGUACUAGAUACAUGGACAUUGAGCGAAACUUUGCUGUAGACACCGAGCAUGUGUUGGAACAGCUUGAUAUCCUUGCACGAGGCAGUGUUCCUUUAAUUCGCGCUUGUGAAGCUGCUCUUUCAGAAGCAACAGAUUGGAUUCUCAAUGUCAAUCGAGAUCGAUCAAUCUUUACCUGGCCCAAUCGGCAUCGCGAAUCACAGAAGGAGAAAAGGAGGGACGAAAAGGUUAUCGCCACCACCAAGCUUGAAGAGGUCACUGGACAUCUACAAAGUGCCUUGGACGACUUCCAUAUUGCCCGCUUGGAAAUUGUUAAGCCGUAUAAACAUCUUUUUGACCCCACUCACCCCGAGGAAGGACGUCGUGGCAAGAUGCACUUCCGAAGCCUGUUCCAGAACUUUGUCGCUCAGUAUCAUGUUUUAGAAUUCUCAGAGGCACUCCUAAAUUUACUCAGGCUCAUGGAAGAGUUAGACAAGUCACGUCAAAAGCGAAGGUUAUGGUAUCCCCAUUUGACUUCGAUGAUCGAUCAUUUCCGUCAUUCUCACAAGGACAAGCAUUUGACUGAUGGUGACGAUGGGCAUGAGAAUGAUGCUGCGUUUGAACAGGAGGAAGAGGAGGAUUUCUUGGGCGAAGUCAAAAAGCGAAACCCAGAGUACAAGCCUUUCGACAACUCAUUCCUCAACCUCAUCGCCAAGUGCUCAAAGGUUAUGGAUAUUCUUAGCAGCAGAAGUUUCAUGUAUGCUUUGAAGGCAGCCGUGCUGGGUGCUUUGACAACUCUGCCGAACUUCAUCGCAUCCUCUGCUUCGUUCUAUUACCUCAACCGUGGUGUAUGGUGUACCAUCAUGGCUCAACUGAUAUAUUCAGGCGAUACUGCUUCUGCUUGGCUAGGUCGUGUUGUGGCCUCCUUCUGGGGAUGCCUAGUCGGCAUGGUCCUUUGGUAUAUUGGCAGCGGUUCGGGGCAAGGCAAUCCCUAUGGAAUUGCUGCUGCGUGUGCAGUUGCUUUUCCCUUAGCGUCAUUCUUUAGGAUAUACUUCCCGGGGCCAGUAUUAACGGCUGUCAUGGCCCCUGUAACAAUGGGCCUAGUUAUUGGAUACUCAUACUAUAACGGGACUAUAGGGCCCCUCACCUAUGCACAGUGGGGUUGGGACGUUGCUUGGCGUCGUUACGUCUGCGUUCUUAUUGGAAUAUCUGCAGCCUGGGCGUUUUCGUAUGUGCCUCCAGUGUACUCUGCCAAGCGCGCCAUUCGUUAUUCAUACGCAAGAACAAUUGGCACUGCUGGUUCUAUUUUAUGCGACGUUCUUUCUCAUGCAAAUGACCAUCAUUAUCACCUCAAGGAAAAUGACACGAUUCGCCACAACCUUAUCACUUGGAGAUCUAAAUUGAAUAAGUUGGGCGCGAGGCAUAUCAAUGCGACACGAGAAUUUUCAUUGAGAGGUCGAUGGCCCGAGGAAAGGUAUAAGGCUCUUUUCGAUACUUUGCAGGACCUUUUAUCUCUUCUAUCACAACUUAAUCAUGUCCUCACACAGCUUGAGCGGCCAUGGCGUAAAGCGUUGCUGGAUAGGACUCGCUUAUCCGAUCCCGCUUUCCUCGGCGACGUGAUGGUAGUCUUGAGCAUGUGUUCCACAGCGUUGAGAGCGGGAACACCUCUACCUCAAAUCACCCCGAGCCCUCUAGUCGCAAGAUUCGGAAUGGGCAAGACCAAAGGACUGGAUUUACCCCACGAUUCGAGUGAUCAAUCUGGCGAGCUUCCUACCCUGGUGACAGUAGAUGUACUUGAAUCCGAUAAUUACAUGCGUUACGCUCUUGGUAUAACUACUACCUUCUCUCUUAUCUCUCGACUUGACAGAAUAGUUGUCAUCUGCAAAACAUUAUUGGGUGAAAAUUAUCAUAUUGCUGGUUUACAUUUGGAACAAACAACUAGGGCAUAGCGCAUCUUUUGAAAGGGCCAUUUUGUUUAACAUCGUGUGCUGUACAUUAGCAUCCAUCUAUAUUGCGAGUUCGGCAUUUGGAACAACAGGUUUUGGGAGUAAAAGCAUGUAUGGAUAGUUAGAUUAAGUAUUGAUGCCAUAAAAUUCAAUAGCAGGCCGGCCGUCUGCCCUCACCACCUGCCAUUGAGAAUCCCAUGUUUUGAUUUUUAGGUUCUGGCUUGGCUCAAGUCGUUUAAUCUGAUACCUGAGAAAGGGG